CUCGCGACUGCGCCUCCCCCACAGAUUUGAUCGUGCGGAGAAACGCCUCGUGUUGGUCAGGGACGAAGGGCUCAUUUAAUACCUUGAUCCACUGUUAUCUGCCGACCCAAUGACCCUGAUAAGUGUGAUAGCGUUUGAUAGCGUGAUAGCGGAGAUAUUAUUAAUGGCUUAUGCGCAGGGUUUCCCGUGGCUGUCGGGGCGGAUUUGAUAAUGACAAUCUUCCGCGAUGCGGGGUGCAGAUGGAGUCAUCGUUGCAAGUGACACUUGUUCGUAAUGGUUACCCGAGUCAUCCUAUCAUAGGUUUCACCUGAAUGUUCGGAAUUUGCCCAUCUCGUCGGCCGAGGUUCUCCACGCUUAUCCCUUGCCGCGAUAGCAAGGCGAGGGUAGGGGAGGGAAGGACAUAUAUGACGCCCCGGCAGACGAUGUCGGGAGCUCUUCCCUGGAAUUUCAACCAUCUGAGAGCAAGAUUGACAGACCAUCGUCACAAUGACUGAAACGCAGACCAUUACCCAAACCGUGCCAACGAUCGACGAGGUGAAGGUUGCAAUUGAUGCAGCCUUGGAAUCGGCAAAAACGUCGCUACGAGAGCUCAACCGAGAGAUCUGGUGUAAUCCAGAAACAGCCUACCAAGAGCAUCGCGCCCAUGACACUAUCUGCGACUUCCUCGAGAAGCAAGGCUUCACCGUAACCCGUCACGCAUACGGCCUGGACACCUCCUUUGAGGCACUCAGCGGAUCGGGUGGACGCCUAAUCAACUUCAAUGCUGAAUAUGAUGCACUGCCUGACAUUGGCCACGCCUGUGGUCAUAAUCUCAUCACUACCAGCAGUAUGGCCGCCUUCCUAGCGCUGUCGACUGUCCUGAAACAAUAUGGUAUCCCCGGUCGCACUCAGCUUUUGGGUACUCCGGCAGAGGAGAAUGGCGGUGGCAAGGCCAAGUUGAUUGACUUGGGUGCAUACAAGGGGGUAGAUGUGUCAUUGAUGGCUCACGCAGGACCCAAAGAACUAUUCCCCGGCGUUGUAGCGGACAGCGUCGGUGGUGUGCGAAUGAACGCUAGGAAAGAGAUACACUGCGAGUUCACAGGUCGGAGUGCCCAUGCUGGCGGCAACCCUUGGGAAGGAAUCAAUGCCCUCGACGCCCUGGUGACAUCGUACAACAACGUGGCCGUACUGCGCCAGCAACUCCGCCCAGAUGAGCGCAUACACUGUGCUUUCCUCGAUACGCCCACGGUGGCCAACAUAAUUCCUUCGUACACCAAAGCGUACUGGCAGGUUCGUAGCCCGACAUUGAAAGGGUUGAACCAACUUAUGGUCAAAGUGCGGAACUGCAUUGAGGCAGGUGCAUUGGCUACAGGUUGUGAGGCCAAGAUUAUUGAGAAUGAGUUGUAUACAGACGUCAAGAUUAAUGACACACUGUGCGACCGAUAUAAAGCACACAUGUCCAAGUAUGACCGGAAUGUCAUUGCAAGUCUUGACAAGGUCAUGACAGGAUCAUCGGAUAUCGGCAAUGUGAGCUACAUUGUCCCGACACUACACACCAUGUUUGGGAUUACGGAUGAACCAGGCUCCUUCCCCCAUCAUCCCAAAUUUGCUGCAGCGGCUGGAACCGAUUACGCUCACCAAGAGGCGGUGAUUGUAGGCAAGUCGCUGGCGCUGAUUGGGUGGGAGAUGGUGACGAGCGAUGAGUUGUUCGGGAUUGCGCAGAAGCAGUGGAAGGAGUGUAUCCAGGAGUAAGACAGGAUACACUGUCUCUAUGACAUUCCCGGCAUCAAAGCACCAUACUAUCUUUCGAGCAUCUGCUCGGAACCACUUCCAUGCUUGAUGUCUUACAGACAGCCAUCAGGAUGUUUCUCGGUAGAUCCUCGGCGAUAUUACUCAGAGAAGGUGAAACAUGGCGUCUGUCACAUUGUUUG